AUGUUGCGACAAACGCUUCAGCCGCGUGAGGCCGUUGACCCACAGCCCAUGGAGGUACUUCAGUACAUUGAUACUACUAGGUGGAACGCGCGCAGGAGACGCGCAGCCCAGUCUGUCUUCCAGACUGAUGUUUCGAGUUCCACACUCUCUUCUGCCCCUUCCCUAUGCUUUCCCGAGCAAGGUCGAACGCCACUAGUCCAGACUCGUUCGAAGAAGGCAGCUGACCCCCAAUUCGGCUUGGCCUCCCCGGAGAACAGCUCCCAUGCCGCUCAACAAGCCCGCUUUGCCCGGUCUUGGCACACGGUCACAACCCGGAUCGCCCUCCCGCCCUCCGUGACGGCGGAGGACUCGUUCGGCUCCCUGCCGAACUCUCAGGACCUCGAGGAUGGCCCCUUUCUGGAUGCCCUCCUGGAUGUACUAGACCCGGCUACGCGUCUUCCGCUCCUCGUUCACACCGAAGACAUCCUCGCUUGGCAUUCCCACCAAGUUAGGCUGCACUUCGUGAGCUAUGUGCUGCCGCUGCUCGAUGUCUGUGGCGCCCACUUGGACCAGACGCAAGUGCUGCUGGGAAGCAUACGAACGCUGGAGGCUGCGCAUAGACAGUAUCUGUUCGGCAUGUCUCUAAUUCUCCGGGCCAUGGAUAAAGAAGAUGCGGAGCUUGCUCUGAUGAAGUUUCACCGGGACCUAUAUGCUAUCGUGGGAAACUCGAUGUCUACGCCUUUGAUAGACGCCUUAGGUUCGGUCCUCGGCCACUUGAUGAGAGUAAUUCUCGGUGUAUAUUCGGCUGAUCAGCCAUGGACGCGUGAGAAGAAGGCUGCUAGCGUCGAUAAGGCAGAGAGUUCGAAGAAGGAGCUGUAUCAGCUUAUGGAUUCGGUCUGUAAGGUCGGCCUUGCUGGUGAGAAGUUUCAGAUCUUGUUCGCAGAACUCCUCGAUGAGAUAAUGAUUUCCUAUAUUCGAGAGAAGUUUGCGGGAGUGUGGACGCCUAACAAGGACCUGGACAUAAAGGCACGUGCAUCAGGCAAUCCCAAAGUCAAACCAAAGUGCAUAGAAGAGCUUGUAGAUUGGGUCGAGCACAAAUACGCGGAAUUGGCCUUCGAAGUCACCAGCCGGCUAAGUAGCAAUGUGAAGUUCUCCUGGGCUGAUGUGGCGAAGUGGAAGGAGAUUGCAGUCGGGAGGCUUGCGGCGCUGCGUAUUGAUGAGCUGUUUGACAUUGUUAUUAGCUGGCCGAACAGCGAGGGUGGGAUCGAUGACCUCCGCUACGCAGUCACGACGCCUCAACGACGAUUACAGCUUACAGAUGCAUUUUCAACCACACUACAAAAACGCCUACUUCAUGCUGGACGCUCAACACUAGAUAUACUGCGUACGUAUAUUGCUAUGAUUCGGACAUUUCACAAGCUAGAUCAUUCAAGGGUACUUCUCGACCGAGUUGCGUACUCCCUUCAGCUCUAUCUAUGCACCCGAGAAGACACUGUUCGCAUAAUUGUCACGGGCCUGCUAGCUAAUCGUGAGGAAAUCAAUACCGAAGCACGUCAAACGAAGCUCGUCGAACUCGUCGAGCUACUACAGCAAGAUUCUGAUCAAUACCGCAGUGAGCGGCAAGACGAAGAAUGGGAUGACCUGAAUUGGAUGCCUGCUCCAGUAGAUGCGGGUCAUAACUAUAAACGACGAAAGUCCGAAGACGUUAUCGGUACACUCAUUAGUGCCUUAGGCUCGGCGGAGGUGUUCAUUAAGGAAUUCCAAAGCAUCAUAGGGGAGCGGUUGCUUUCUGAUCAGACUACCUUUAAGCAAGAGGUGGGCGUGCUGGACCUGUUGAAGAAGCGAUUCGGAGAAUCUUCACUACAAGCUUGCGAUGUAAUGAUCAGGGAUGUCCACGACUCAGCACGACUCGACGGUGUCAUCAACCGCGGAACCGUGAACCACCCAGAUAAGGUCGAGCGAGACUGGACAAUCCACGCACGCAUCUUAUCUCGUCUUUACUGGCCCGAAAUCGGAGAAGAACGGUUUGUGUUACCUCCCAGUGUAUCGGAAAUGCAAAAGAUGUACGAGUCUGUCUUUGAGCAUCUCAAGCCGUCGCGCAAGAUCAAGUGGCUUAACCAUCUCGGCCAAGCAACCGUAGAACUUGAGCUCGAAGACCGCACCAUACAGGAAAAUGUCCAUACCUACGAGGCGACUGUCAUCGAUUGCUUUAGCGAAGAGAAUGCUUCUAGUUGGACCUUUGAGGAUCUAUGGAUGAAACUGCAGAUGGACGAAGACCUGCUCACGGCAGCACUAGAAUUCUGGGAGAAGAAGCAUGUCAUACGCAGGCUUCCAGAUAGUACCUAUGUCGUUAUAGAGCGACUCUCAGAUGCUGAGCAGUCAUCAUCCCUUCAGCCGGCGCCAUCAAUGAAUGCCGGUGCUAACGACAAUGCACCCGUCACUCCUCGAAAGGCCAAGUCAGGAAUCAGUGAAAAGGAGAAGGAGAAGCGCCAAGUGUAUUGGCAGUUCAUUGUCGGCAUGCUGACGAACUCGAGCCCCGCUAUGCCUCUUGGCCAAAUCUCGAUGAUGAUGAAGAUGCUGAUCGCGGACGGGUUCCCCUGGAGUAACGAGGAGCUACAGGAGUUCCUUGGAGAGAAGAUAGCGGACGGCGAGCUCGAAAUUGCGGGAGGUAAAUAUAGGCUCAUCAAGAAGUGA